CAGCUACACGCCCGCUCGCCACACCACACACGCCUUCUACGCGACAAGCUACAGCGGGUCAGGUCGUGAUCGGUCGCACCAGCUACCAGAGCACAGCGCGCGAUCAUAUUCUUACGCGUAAACCAUAAAGCGCGCUGAUAAUGACUGAGGUCAUGACAUCAGUAGCGCCAGCGGUCGAACAAACACCCGCAGAGUCUCGGCCACCGCAGUACAACUUUAAAUUCAGCGAAUUCCUUAGACGUGAAUACCGAUUUGGCCUCAAUCCCGAUCGCCCGACAUGCAAAGCAUAUCUCCAGGGCCACUGCCCAGAUGGUAACAAGUGUCCUAACAAGCACAACGUUUCUUCGUCCUAUAACAAUCUGGUAUGCAAGCAUUGGUUGCGGGGCCUGUGCAAAAAAGGAGAAGCAUGCGAGUUUCUUCACGAAUACAACCUCCGACGGAUGCCCGAAUGCUCCUACUACGCCCGAACACAGACCUGCUCAAACGGCGACGACUGUUUAUACCUCCACCUGGAUCCCGAUGCGAAGCGGCCAUCCUGCCCACACUACGAUCGAGGCUUCUGCCCACUCGGCCCAUACUGUGCGCUGAAGCACAACAAGAAAGACAAGCUAUGUCCUUUUUACCUAUGCGGUUUCUGCCCUGAAGGCAAGGGCUGCAAGUACGGAGCACACGCGCGAUUCCCCACCGAUCUUAAGAAGCCCGAGGUCCGCGUAGAAAAGAGCCCAGAGGAGAUUGAGGCAGAGCGGUUAGAACGAGAGCGUGAGAUGAUGAAGAGAGAAGAGGAAGAGCGCGAGCGCGACGAGAGGAACGGUCACCAAGGCGGUCGCGGAUUUAGGGGCAACUGGGACCGCAAGAAGCGCGGGGGCAGGAGAGGCAGGGGUGGCAGGGGACGAGGUGGAGACUUUUGAGAGACCACUGGUGCUUGAGAGAAUGACAUUUAUCAGGGCAUGUCCCUACACCUGGGCGAAAGCCAGCCUCAUCUAGGAAAGGAGGCCAUGAGAUGGAGAGUUAGGAAGAUACCCUUGAACUGUCUAUGCUAUGUUGGGCCGUGAUAGCCCCGACCGAUGGAACCGGUAGUCAUUUGGAUGUCCUUGUCACGCUGUUGAGGCUGGUAGGUAUCAUUCAUUCGUAAUAUGCCGUCCAUGAAGGCUGGAUGCUUCUAUCCAAAUAUGAAUUUCC